GUUAAAAAAUGAAUCGCUUAGCUCAAACAGUCUUCACUCACUUGCAGGAGUGGUUUAUAUUCACCCAUUGCCUCCAUUGCCUCCAUCUCCGUUCAUGAGACACGCACAUGGAAUAGUCCUGCUGCUCUUCAGCCCCCUCACUUACGGGCGUUCCGUUGUAUAACAGAGGCUCUGAAGCUGCAGCUGUCAGGAUCCUAAUCCUUUCUGCGAGCACUCGCUGCCAGCGUGUACAGUAGUAAACUGCGUGCUUUGGUGCUCGCCUUUCAGGCACUAUCCGAGGUCUCAGCAGCAGAACAAAAGUUGUGGAUGACACUUUUUCACCUUCUAGAAACUCAGCUAACUCGUUUAGUUUUCAAGAAAUGAUCAAGAAAACAUCAAUAUAUAGCCAUCCAUUAGUUCAUCACUUAAUGGAUCCAGAAGCUCAAAAAGGCAUACCAGGUGUCCUCUACCUAGAGAACAGAGAAAAUGACGAUGACAAGAAAGUGGUUGCGGAGAUCACGGCAAGAUGUUUUGCUCCAACUUUAAUAACCACCACUUCCUGGGAGGGGUUUCAUUUUGUCGGUCAUGAGAUUCGGAUUACGGAAGCCGUGGAUUGUUACGGUGCUGUUGUUUGGCCAUCGGCUCUUGUUCUAUGCUAUUUUCUGGAAACGAAUGUAAAACAGUAUAAUAUGGUUGACAAAAAUGUGAUUGAAAUUGGAGCUGGAACAGGGCUGGUCUCCAUUGUGGCAAGUUUACUUGGUGCACAUGUGACUGCCACAGAUUUACCUGAAUUACUUGGAAACCUGCAAUAUAAUAUUUCCCGAAACACCAAAAUGAAAUGCAAGCAUUUGCCUCAGGUUAAAGAACUCUCCUGGGGUGUAGCUUUAGACAAGAACUUCCCCAGGUCUUCCAACAAUUUUGACUAUAUCCUGGCAGCUGACGUUGUCUAUGCUCAUCCUUUCCUGGAGGAACUCCUCAUUACCUUUGACCAUCUGUGCAAAGAAACUACCAUCAUAUUCUGGGUCAUGAAAUUCAGGUUGGAGAAAGAAAAUAAAUUUGUAGAUAGAUUUAAGGAGUUGUUUGAUCUAGAGGAGAUUUCUAGUUUCCCUAGUCUGAAUAUUAAGUUGUAUAAAGCUAUGAAGAAAAACCCGAGGAGCGCAGGAUAUCCUCAAAGCAGGGCCUGGAAGGCUAAGGCAAUUUCUAGUAGAUUAUUACUUUAAGAAAGACCCUGGAUAAUCUGACAUAGCACUGACUUUCCCAAGGGGAGACACACGCACCACCCCCACCCCUCACACACACAUUUGCCACACCCUAGACAGGGAUUUUCCCAGAUAUAGCACAUGGGUCUAGAGGAUGACACAGCCAUGCUAUGUGGUCAUUGGUUAGGACAGUGUCCUUAUAUUUUCCUUAUCCCUCUAUAGCACCAUUUAUUAUUAUGAUCAUUUAA